AUGGAAGUCUUGGUAUUAGCGAUUGAAGAUCCAGGUUGCUUUUGGGUUACUAUGAAAGGAUGUGGGCCUUACACAGUUGAUGAAAUAGAGUAUAAAAACCUGAAUGCCGAAAUGAAUCAGUUCUAUGACAAAUCUUACAAAGAUGUGGAUGAAGUAAAACCACUAAUGGUAGAAGAAGGCCAGAUUUGUGUGGUUUUCAGUGAGGAACUCAAAUGCUGGUGUAGAGCAGUUAUUAAGUCAAUCAUGUACUGUACAGAUCAUUAUCAAACAGAAUGUUUUCUUGUGGAUUAUGCCAAAUACAUUUUUGUUAAACCAAAGGACAUUCGAGUUGCAAUGGAAGUGUUUAUGCAGAUCCCAUAUAGAGCAAAAAAGUGUAGACUGUAUCGCACAAAGCCAGUGACAUUGCGUGUUGACUUUUGUGAAGAUACUGCAAAAAUAGUACCAGCCAAAAGAUGGGAUAGUGCUGCUACUCGGUAUUUUCAAAACCUUCUCAAAGCAACUACCCAAAUGAAAGCCAAGUUAUGUGCUGUAGAAGGUAACACAUUUGAUGUUUUUCUGUAUGUGACAAUAAAAGAUGAAAAGGUGUGUGUUAAUGAUGAUCUUGUUUCAAAGAAUUUUGCUCGUUUUGAGGAAGCUAAAGAGAAUACAGGGAGUUCUGCAGAUUAUCAGGAGAACCAAACAUCAUCAAAUGUUAAGUCUCUUCCAAUGAAAAUUGUUAAUCCUGCGGUUGCUUUCAGUCCAGUGCUGUUUCAGGAGAAGGUAUCAAGAAAUCUUGAAACAGGUCUUGCUGUUUCCAGUUCCUUUCUUGAAGAGACAUACCAAAGGUCAAGCAGAGAUCUGAAUGAAAGUACUGUGUCUAUUGUCAAAGCAAUUCCAGGUUUGUCAUGCAAGGAAAAUGCAACAGUUCACACAGACAGGCUUCAGCAGUUCUUAAAUUCUGAUCCUCUAAAGACACACAUAAUUGAAGAUGACCAACAGAGUUUUCAAAACCUUAAUGAAGAAAGAAACUUCGUCUUUCUUAGCAACAAAAUUGAGCCAUCAUCCAAUCUGGAAACAGCACCACUUUUUGAUGAUCUGAGAAAGGAACUUACUCGGAAAAAAAUUUUAGGCCCUAACUUCACAGAAUCUUACUGUUGGCCGCCAGUAGCUCGAGGAUGUGAUGUAGUUGUCAUCUCUUAUCAGGGAAACGAUCCUUUCUUAUAUAUUCCGCCAGUCCUUACAUUUUUGCAGUCAGGAAGUUGCUACAAAGCCUUGCCAAACAGGAAUGGGCCGCUAGCACUUAUUUUAUGUCCUGGGUGGAAGAAGGCACAACUUGUUUUCGAGCUACUGAAAACAUAUGAGAAAUGUUCCAGACAGCUUCAUCCAAUGUUGAUAAUGCUUGGGCAGAACAAAGAAGAAGCUAGAAGUGUGAAAAUCCGAGGAUGUGAAGUAAUUGUGACUACACCAUAUAGUCUCCUGAGACUCUUUGAACAUCAUACCUUAUUGUUUUGUAGACUUUGUCAUCUUGUUCUUGAUGAGAUUGAAGUACUGCUGUCUGAUGCUACAGAACAGGUUUUUACUAUAUUAGAUUGUUACAAGAAAGCCAUGAUUACUGAAGAGUGGCAGUAUUCACCGCAUCAGAUUAUUGCUGUUGGAACUCACUGGAAUAAACAUAUAGCACACUUGAUAAAGGAGUUCAUGAAUGAUCCUUACAUUGUGAUAACAGCUAUGGAAGAAGCUUCCAUCUAUGGAAAUGUGCAACAGGUUGUGCAACCUUGCCUGAACAGUGAGAGAACUGCUGUGUUACUCAAAACACUGGAGUUUACCCACAGUAAUCUUCAGAAAGUGCUGGUAUUCACUAGCUCAGUAAAUGAAGCAGAAAUGGUUCAUAAGGCACUGAAGAGCAACUCAAUAUGUUCCUUGAAAAUACAUAAAGAGAGUGAGUUUAAUUUGAAGUAUAUUUUAGAGCAGUGGACAAAAAAGUAUAGUUCUGGCUCUCACGUUGUGUUAGUUUUAACAGAUGACUGCAUGCAGUCUUUGGGAAUUACAGAUGCAACUUGCGUGAUACACUUUGGUUUUCCUUCUCCAAGCAUCUUUGGUCAGCGUCUACACAGCAUGUCUGACAACUUCUAUAACGAUUCUUCUGUAGAUCAGGAAUAUACAAAGGCAAGGUCAGUCAUUCUGCUAACAGAAAACAGUGUAUGCCAUGCGCUUUGGAUCCUGCGUUAUCUGCAGCGUGCAGAAGCUGAAAUUCCACCAGAGCUGCAUGAUUUUACUGCCAAGCCUCUAGAAGCUGAAGAAGAUAAGAAAUUUUCAAGGCCACUGUGUGCCUACCUUAAAGCAUUUGGGAUUUGCAAGAAUAGAACAGCGUGUCCAGAUCGUCAUCAAAUUAAUUUACAAAUAGAUGUGCCCCAGAAUAUGCCAGAUAAAAUUAUACGAACACCUGGAUGUGUGACAAUACUGCCUCUCCACAUUGUAAAUGCAACAAACUACUUUGGACGAAUAGUAGAUAAACAAAAGGACCAAUAUACAAUUCUUGCUGAAGAAAUUAAUGAGUAUUUUAAGAAACCUAGUAAUAAAAUUUCUGUUAAAAACGUGGAGAAGCUAGCGUUUUAUGGAUUAUGUGAGAAAACACUUUUUCACAGGGUUCAAGUGGUAGAGAUUUCCCCAAAAGAAGAGGAAAAUUUGUUCUUUAGUGUUGUAAUUAAAUAUAUAGAUGAAGGCAGAACAAGUCAAGUUCAGAGCUAUCAGCUUCUUCACUUACCCGCAAGGUUUCAGUGUCUGCCACCUCAGGCUGUGGAAUUCGUAGUUUGUAGAGUGAAACCCAUUGAUAAUGAAAUUGAAUGGAACCCAAAGGUAACUCAUUACAUUCAUCACAAAAUUAAAGGAAAACUACAUGAAGCAAAGGUAGUACAUACUUUGGGAAAUACAGCUUGGCUUGACCCAAUG